AGUCACACUCCACAAUUUUACAAGUAGAUAGUUAAUGUGUGUGUCUGUGUGAUAAGGUAAAAUGGCCUUUAUUCCUGUGUCUCAGGAUGAGUUCAGCUGUUGUGUUUGUCUGGAUCUACUGAAGGAUCCAGUGACUGUUUCCUGUGGACACAGUUUCUGUUUGACCUGCAUUACAGGCUGCUGGAAUCAGGAAGACCAGAAGGGUGUUUACAGCUGCCCCCAGUGCAGGGAGACCUUCACUCCAAGGCCUGUUCUACGCAGAAACACAAUGCUGACUGAAGUUAUAGAGAAGCUGAAGAAGACCGAACUGCAGUCUGAUGCUAAGGCUUCUUCCUACGCCGGACCAGGCGAUGUGGAGUGUGACUUCUGCACUGGGAGAAAACAUAAAGCCAUCAAGUCGUGUCUAACAUGCAUGGGAUCUUACUGUGAGGUUCACAUCCAGCCUCACUAUGAAGUUACCUGUCUGAAGAAGCACAAGCUGGUUAACGCCAUCUCACAGCUACAGGGGAAGAUUUGCUCUCAGCAUGACAGGAUCAUUGAGGUGUUUUGCCGUACAGAUAAGAAGUUAAUCUGUAUGCUGUGUUCCAUGGACGACCACAACGGACAUAAAACUGUUUCAGCUGCAGCAGAACGGACCGAGAAGCAGACAGAGUUGCUAGGGAUGACGGUGGAUAACCAGACACAGAUCCAGCAGAGAGAGAAGGAGCUGCAAGAGGUCAACCAGGCCCUGCAAACUCUAAAGGCCUCUGCACAGAAAGCUGUUGAGGACGCUGAAAUAAUCUUCACUGAGCUGAUCAGCUUCAUGGAGCAAAAGCACUCUGAGGUGACUGAGUCGAUCAGAGCUCAGGAGAGGGCAGAGGUGAGUCGAGCUGAAGGACUCCUGGAGCAGCUGGAGUUGGAGAUCACUAAACUGAAGAGCAGAGAUGCUGAGAUGGAGAAACUUCUACUGAAAGAGGAUUCUAUUGAUUUCCUCCAGAGCUUUGAUGCCUGCUGCACUUCACCUGUGUCAAGGGUGCCUUCCAGUAUAACUUUCACUCCACAUCUCUCCUCAACUGACAUUAAGAGGUCGGCCCUUGAAGAAAUACAAGAACAAACAGUGUUGAGGUUAAAUUCAGUGCUCAAGGGUCCUGAGCAGUCUGGCUGGCAAGCAGAACCCUCAGAGAUGGACCUGGUCAUCUGAUACAUCACAUACAUGACCUGAUUUAGAGGUUAUGACCUGACCUCUGAGCUUUAUGAAUGUCAUAAAGUGCAAGAGCAAAGUGCUGCAUGCACAGAAAACAACAUGAUUCAAUUUUAUGACUGCUUUUGACACACCCAUCAUUUACUUUAGCCUUCCAGGAUCUCCAUUGAGUAGCUUUGUCCUGAAGAAGUAAACCAAAAUGUGGAAACAAUUUGUGAUUUUUAUAAACAGGUGUGUUGGCUUGUAGCUAGUGAACUGUGCCGUUUUUUGACCAUUUUUUAAAGGGGAACUUGGCAACUAUUUCAACGUAAUAAACCCGUUUAGAAAUCAUUCGGA